UGUGCCCCUGAGGGGGCUGUGGGGCGGGAGGGACCCCCUGGCCCUCACAGGCCGCUGUGCGGUGAGGGCGGUGGGUCGUUUCACCCAAAAUCCACGUUAUUGAGGGCUGGCUCCGUGCGCCCUGCCCGGCCCCCCCGUGCUGUGCUGUCGGAGGGGCGCAGCCGCCGCUCGCAGGGCACCUGUGUUGGCAGGGUGAGAUCCAGCAGCGACCGGGAGGCAAAUCCAUAACAAAAAAGCCAAGGGAUGUGGCAGGAGGGCUGUGGUAAACUGGCUUCGUGGGAAAUGUCGGCCAAGCAGCGGCAGUUCUGGGCUCCAAGUGGGAGCCCCGCUGGGAGGGAAGUGCAGCUGCUUCGCUGGGCUCUUGGAACAGCUGUGGACAACGGUAGAAGGACUGAGAGGAACAGAUUAUUUCCUGCAAUUGUCGAAGUAUUCACUGGUUUGCUUCAAGGCAGGGGGUAAACAGGAAGUGCCCCCUGUAGGGUUGAGAGUGAAAUCCAGCACUGGUGGGUUCUAGUCCUGAUGACAACCUCUGAGUCAGUUUGCAGCAUCUGUGAUUGCUCAGGCAGCUUUUUGGGAGUGCUGUGCCUGCUUUUCCUCCGAAGUAUUACCUGGCAAUGACCAAGUCUAUGGCAGAUGAGAGACAGUCACAGCUGGAGCAGUAUCUCCAGAACGUUACUUUGGAUUCAAAUAUUACCAACAGUGAUGUCUUCAUAGCUUUUUUCCGAAAGCUACAGCAGCUCCCAGAAAAGUCUUUGUCAGAGCUCAAUAGAAGGAUUACACACAUUCUUGAAUUUUGCAACUGUAGAUGCUUUUUGGUAGUGUCAGUGCUUUGGACUGACUGCACUGUUUCCUCCUUUUGUUUUUACGACACAUUUAAGAUCCAAACCCAGAGAGCCUUUUUGGAUGUUUACCUCGCUGAUGGCAGCAAUAUCAAACUCGAUAUCCAGACAUCGGACACUGCAGAACAAAUAUUAGAGGUUACAUUGUGCAAGAUGGGGCUAUCAAGAGAAUUAACAAAAUACUUUAGCUUAUUUUUCUUUCAAGAUCACGAUGAUGGAGUACUCUCUGUGGUGAAAAAAGUGGCAGAAUUUGAACUUCCUUAUGUGAGUCUUCAGAGCAUGAAAGUGUUGCACUGUAAGCUUGGGAUCAGAAAGUGGUAUAUGGAUCCUUCUCUUGAUACACUGCUGAUGGAUUGUAGAGCUUCACUGAAUUUGCUGUAUAUGCAGGCAAUCCAGGAAGUUGAGAGGAAUUGGGUUAAACCAACAGAAGGUCAGAUGCAGGAACUUGAACUUCUGCAAAAAAAUGCACACAAAGUAAAGGUUUCACUUGCUUUUACAGCAAAUCACUCUAGUUCUAUCUUUUUGCUGCAGUUCCUGGAGCUGAUUCGAGAAAUACAGUUCUAUGGGUAUGUACGACUUGAUCCUUGCAUGUGUGACUAUCCAGAAGAAGGCUGCACAGCUGAUGUCUAUGUUGGCAAUAAUGAGAUUAACUGCUGCAUAAAGCUGCCUACUAACCAAAUCAAAGAGGUCAGCUUUAAAAUCAACAGGUUAAGAAGCUGGCAGGUUACUUUUCUUGGUGCUGCAAAGGGUGGUGAAGAAGACACUCUAGAAUUCAGAUUUGAGUACAAUGAUUCAGGCACUUGGCAGUGGAUAAUUUUGUACACAAAGCAGGCCUUUUUGCUCAGCAGCUGCUUGAAGAAAAUGAUAUCGGAACACAUGACGAAGGCAGCCAGAGGAGGCCAAGAAAUGGUAGUUCAUUCGGGUUUUAUAUCGAGGAAAAGAUUUUUGGUUAGGCCAAGUGAAGAUGACCGUGUAUUUGAAAAAAUAGGAGAAGAGGACCUGUGAUAACUUUAUUGUAGAUACUGCCUUUCAAAAUUGUUGGAUAAUAAACCAUUGUUAAACCUUGAAUUAUAAGGGAAAAUAUAUCUUCAGUGUAA